AUGGAAGACAGAUCCUAUAGUAGUACACUCAGCAGACAUAGCCUUGCGUCAAGCAAUUCUAUAUUGGAUGGAGUCCCUUUCAGAAUUGGACAAAGCUUCCGUCCACCACCAAAGGUACAUCCACCAGAACUCUCUAGGCCAUCUAUGUCAAGGAACCUUAAUGUAGAGUAUACAUUUGAAACUGAGGAGGCUGUCUUGGCAUGGGCACAGGCAAGGGAGGUGGCUUUAGAGCAGGCUAAAAAAUUGGAGGAGCAGAGGAAACAAGCACUGGCCGCUGCAGAAGAGCAAGUAGAUGAUAAAACAGCCAGCAAAUCAGAUACUACUGUAGACUGUAAUACUGAUGAGAAUGGUUGCAAUGUCUAUGAUGUUCCAAAAAGUACAAUUGCUUCAAUGCAGAAUCAUGUCAGUGAUCACAAUAAGCCUCUUCUGCCCCCAAAACCAGCUGUGAGAAAGCCUGUAUCAGAGCCUGGUAGUAUUUUAAAGCCAACACCAAUACAUUCAUCUGCUAAUUCUGUUUUUAGAAACAAAGGAACAGCCAGUACUGACAACAAGUUGGCUGAUGCUGCUUCAGCUUUUGAUGUGUCCAUGUUUGAAUCUGAGGCAGACCCAUUUGAUAAUUUGGAGCUGCAGACAAUAAAUGACAUGGAAGAGCUCAAGAUACUACUCGAUUCUUCAACUAAGUCCUCGUCGGAUACAGUGUCUACACCUGCUCAGGCAGGUCACAUGCAGCCUUCUUUAGAAAUGGAAUAUAGCUCUGAUAAUCUUGGAAGUUCUGUCUCCGAGGCGGUGUAUGAUGUAGCUAGUGUUGCCAGGGUAAAUAAAUGGGAAACUUUUUCUGAUGAAUCACAGGAACAAGAUGCUGGCAGUGUAGCUGAACCAUCAGAACCGAGAGGGGAAACUUCCUCACCAUCUGUUGAUUGUUCCAGUGCCGACAGAACUUCUAGGCAAGUCAUAGAAGAUGGAGAAUAUGUGGAGAUUACUAGUAACUACAAAAAACAAACUAUACGUUUUCAGAAUCAUUCAGUCAGUGAAGUUACUAAGAGUUCUCAAUCAGGUAAUUUUACAGGGGAAAAUGGUGUAACUACUGCAUUAGGAGGAAAGCUUCCUGCUAGUCUUGCCAACAGCAAAUUAUACAAGCCAGUUCUGCCACCUUUUGUCAGACAGGGGAACACAGUCACUGACUGUAAUAAUGUGAGUACAAAUCCAUUCAUUCAGACUUCAGCUCAAGGAACAAAUCCAUUUCUGCCACAGACUGCACAAGAUGCCAAGUACACAUUUCUUCAGAAUACAGCUGAAGAUGGUGACACUUUCACUGAAGCUUCGGAACAAGAUUAUGCUAACGGUGAAAUGUUAGACAGCCAAGCUGAAGCAGCACAGAGUGUUUCUGCAUCAAAACCUUCACUUCUCCCACCACCACCUCCUUCUAACAGACCAACCAGAAAUAGACAUCUAGUGCCCAACCAUCGCAUGUGGUCCUCUGUUGGGCCAUCCUUGGCAGCAUCAUUAGAUGAAUCAGUGUCUUCAAGUGAUCCUAUUCCCUCUAACAGUUACAGUCGUCACAGCGUGUCCAGCUCAGACCUGCAUUCAAGCAACAGUUGCUCAGAUCUUGGUGAGCUGAACCAGCACUCACCAGUGCUCCAGAAACAGAUGUCAUCACAACCGUCUUUACAGUCAUGGAACAGACAUCGUCCUUUGCCACCCAUCCCCAGCCCCAACAUCACUGCCUCGAAUCCAAAUCUGGAGAGCUACAAAGUUGUUCAUCUACCUCCUAGUCAGUCAGUAGGCCUCACAGAUCCCUACUACAACCUGUCUGCAGAAGCCCAGGCAUUCACAAACAGCCUCACAUCUAUGGGCUUUCUUAGGGCCAGAGUUGCACGAGCGGUAGCCAAGUUUGGUCAGGAUGAGAAAGAGGUGUUGGACCAUCUUAUUGCUGUAGACAUGUUGGUGGAGAAAAAAUAUGCUCCAGUGAUAGUUGAGUCAGCACUCUGUACAUUUAAAAAUGAUGUGGAGAAGGCAGAGAAGUUCCUGCAGAUGUUGACACAAUUUGAAGAACUAGGCUUCACGAGAGAAAAAAUUCAGGAAGCUUUGAUUACAACAAAUAUGGACCAUGACAAAGUGCUUGACAUUCUAACUACUUAG